AAGUUGGCUUUUGCAACAAUUUUAUCAUCGUACAAUAAACGCAUCUACACCGCAGAUGAACCCGAUGACUAUUUCGUUAGCGUGCGCCUGCUCAACUACCAGAUCCAACACGACAAAGUUACUCGUACCAAAAGGCAAAUACCUUUCCUUGUCCUCGUCACACCAGACAUCCUCCCAUGGAAACGUCAACAGCUCGAGAAGGAGGGUGCUACUGUAGUGCCGGUCGACAAGAUUGUGUCACAUUCGAUGAAGCCUGGGAUUGAUGCAUGGGGCGAUGCCAUAUCAAAACUAAAGGUUUUCGAACUCAUCGGAUACGACCGGAUCCUGUUCCUGGACGCCGAUACCUUUCUCCUCAAGUCACUCGACAGGGUAUUUAAGGAUAGAGCAGCAAAGCCUCAAAAUACAUUGGAUCUGGCUCCUAUCAACCCGGACGAAGCACCUCUUCCUGAAAGCUAUCUCAUCUCCACAAACUCUGAAGCCCAGCCCGCCGUCCAAUCUGAUCCACCCUUAGAACGGGAACAGCCCUCCUUUAAUGCGGGGUUUUUUCUCCUGGCUCCAUCAAUCGAGAUCUUCAACUACUAUACCUCAUUGUUGAACAUGCCAGGGCUAUUCAACGGCACGUAUACUGCUCAGCAUCUGUUGGAUUAUGCUCAUAGGCCGGACGGCAACAUGCCUUACAGCAGAAUUUCCCGUGGAUGGAAUAUUGACGGUCCAAAGAUGAAUGCUAAACCGCGUGUGGCAAGUAUUCAUGCGAAGCUUUGGAACGAUGAGAAU